AUGACCACGGACUAUACGCUGGACGAGAUCCGUCGCUUGGCCGACACAAACCCCGACAAGCUCGCGCAGGAGUAUCAGGCUUCGCGCGCGGCUACCGCGAACUUGGCGGACCGAGCCCGGGUUGGUAUUGCGGCUCGAACGGCCAACCCGCCCACGACCAAGUUCCAAGCGUGGGCGCAGGGCUACGGCAACCGGUUCAUCUACAGCGGCAGCUUUAAGCCAAUGAUGCACAUGAUGCUGAUUGUGGGUGGGGCUGGCUGUGCCGUGGAGUACUGGUGCCAUCACCGACACGCUUUUGCGGACAAGAAGGAGGACGAGCACCAUUAA